UGCGAUUCGAUCAGGAAGCUGCCCAACUUAUCCGGCCUCAAGAAUCUGUGGAGUUUGGACCUUGAGGGAUGCAUCGAGCUGACUGGGGUAGAGGGAGUUGAGGGAUUGGAGUCGUUAAUGGUUCUGAGACUGCGUGGCUGCAGGUCAAUCACGGAAUUGGGGGAUCUGUCUGGUCUCAAGAAGUUGCAGAGGCUUGAUGUCUUGGGUUGCACGAAACUGAUCGAGGUCAAUGGACUCGACGACCUGAAGGAAUUGGAGGACCUGAAAAUGGAGACAAGGAUGAGAGUGAAGUGUUUGGCCAAAUCGGCUGCUAGAUAUGCCACGCGACUUUGUGUUUUCUUGGCCAAAUUCGCUCUUCGGAUAACCCUGGAGCUGGUAUUGCCCGUCGAAUAG